GGGAAAGCUCGCAACUUUCCCCGGCCAGUGUCUUUUUCAAAGAACCACGGUCUGUUUCUUCAGUGAUACCCCUUACUUAUACCCUUUCUUUUACAAUGCCCAUUUCCAACGGCGACGCCAUGACAAACACGGCUUCAGACGCCCUGGACCACACCAAGGCUCUUGAGAUUCUCAAGAAUGAGUACCCAGAGCGCGAUGGCAUUGACGUCAAGACGCUCAUCGACUCCAAGAAGAACGGUGGUCUUACCUACAAUGACUUCCUCAUGCUUCCCGGGUACAUCGGCUUCCCUGCCGCCGAAGUCGCCCUUGAUACCCCAAUCACGAAGCGCAUCUCCCUCAAGACACCCUUCGUCUCCUCGCCCAUGGACACCGUCACCGAGCACAACAUGGCGAUUCACAUUGCGCUUCUUGGAGGUCUCGGUGUGAUUCACCAUAACUGCUCUCAGGAUGACCAGGCCGAGAUGGUGCGCAAGGUCAAGCGCUUCGAGAACGGCUUCAUUCUCGACCCGGUUGUCAUCUCUCCUACUACCACUGUUGGAGAGGCCAAGGCGCUCAAGGAGAGGUGGGGAUUCGGAGGUUUCCCUGUCACUGAAAACGGUACUCUCCGAUCCAAGCUCGUCGGUAUCAUCACACCCAGAGACAUUCAGUUCCACGACAAGCUCGAAGACCCAGUCACCGCCGUCAUGUCGACCGACCUCGUUACUGCCCGCCACGGUGUGGAGCUCAAGGAGGCCAACGAUAUCCUCAACAAGUCCAAGAAGGGAAAGCUUCCCAUUGUUGAUGAGAGCUUCAACUUGAUUGCGCUCCUGUCGCGAUCUGACUUGAUGAAGAACUUGAACUUCCCGCUUGCAUCUAAGCUCCCCCACUCGAAGCAGCUGAUUGCCGCAGCUGCCAUCGGUACCCGACCAGAAGACAAGAUCCGUCUGCAAAAGCUCGUGGAUGCUGGUCUUGACAUUGUCGUUCUCGACAGCAGUCAGGGCAACAGCAUGUACCAGAUUGAGAUGAUCAAGUACAUCAAGCAGACAUACUCUCAGCUCGACGUGAUUGCUGGAAACGUAGUCACUCGCGAGCAGGCUGCUGCUCUCAUCGCAGCUGGCACUGAUGGUCUCCGUAUUGGUAUGGGUAGCGGAAGCGCCUGCAUUACCCAGGAGGUUAUGGCUGUUGGACGGCCGCAAGCCACCUCGGUAUACAACGUCACAUCUUUUGCCAAGCGCUUUGGCGUACCAUGCAUUGCGGAUGGUGGUAUCCAAAAUGUCGGUCACAUCGUCAAGGGUCUUGCCAUGGGCGCAUCAGCUGUCAUGAUGGGUGGUCUUUUGGCUGGUACCACUGAGUCGCCUGGAGAGUACUUUGUUAGCCGUGAUGGUCAGCUUGUCAAGGCCUACCGUGGUAUGGGCAGUAUCGCCGCCAUGGAAGACAAGAAGGCUGGUGGCGGUGCCGCUGACUCCAAGGCCAGCAACGCUGGUACUGCGCGCUACUUCUCUGAAGGUGACCGUGUCUUGGUUGCCCAGGGUGUUUCCGGGUCUGUCCAAGACCGUGGCUCCAUCACCAAGUUCGUUCCUUACUUGAUGGCUGGUGUUCAACAUUCGCUGCAGGACAUUGGCAUCAAGAGCCUCGCUGAACUCCACGAGGGUGUUGACAACGGCAAUGUGCGAUUUGAGCUCCGAACUGCCAGCGCACAGGCCGAGGGUAACGUGCAUGGCCUACACAGCUUUGACAAGAAGCUCUACUCAUAG